AUGUCUGCUCCUGCUGCUUUCUCCGACAUCGCCAAGGCGGCCAACGACCUCCUGAACAAGGACUUCUACCACGCCAGCCCGGCCAACCUUGAGGUCAAGUCCAAGGCCCCCAACGGUGUCACCUUCACUGUCAAGGGCAAGUCCGCCCACGAGGGUUCCAUUGCUGGCCAGCUCGAGGCCAAAUACGUUGAUGCGCCCACCGGUAAGGGCCCCAUGCGAUGCAAACCACCCGAUCCCGGCGUGCGCGAGGGUCGGCCGAUGACGUUCUUUCUGUCGUGCGGCCACUUCGCAUCUCGCUGGGUGAACUUUUUUGUUUUGACCAACACAGUCAAGCACACAAUCAAGCUAAUUAUUCGUCCCUGCCCAGGCCUCACCCUGACCCAGGCUUGGACCACUGCCAAUGCCCUCGACACCAAGCUUGAGCUGGACAACAACAUCGCCAAAGGCCUCAAGGCUGAGAUCCUGACCCAGUACCAGCCUGCCAAGCAGUCCAAGGGUGCCAAGCUCAACCUGUACUUCAAGCAGCCCAACCUGCAUGCUCGUGCCUUCUUCGACCUCCUCAACGGCCCCACUGCCAACCUCGACGCUGUCCUCGGCCACGAGGGCUUCCUCGUCGGUGCUGAGGGUGGCUACGAUGUCAACAAGGCUGCCAUCACCAAGUACUCUGCUGCCGUCGGUUACUCCGUGCCCCAGUACUCUGCUGCCAUCACCGCCAGCAACAACCUGUCCCUCUUCUCCGCCUCUUACUACCACCGCGUCAACGCUCAGGUCGAGGCCGGUGCUAAGGCUUCCUGGGACUCCAACUCCGGCAAUGCCGUCGGCCUCGAGGUCGCCAGCAAGUACCGCCUGGACCCCUCUUCUUUCGCCAAGGCCAAGAUCAACGACCGUGGUGUCGCCGCUCUGGCCUACAACGUCCUGCUCCGCCCCGGUGUCACUCUCGGCCUGGGUGCUUCGUUCGAUACCCAGAACCUGAACCAGGCUGCCCACAAGGUUGGCGCCAGCUUCACCUUCGAGGCUUAA